AAAAAAGUAUUGCACCGGUUGUUUAUUGUUGUUGUCAAUAACAGUCAAUAAUAAACUAGUAAAAGAUAAUCAUAUAAAAAUAUGUAACAAGAGUCAACAAGGCAUUUAACUAUAUAAUAGAUAAAUAAUUACUUUAAACGAUAUAAAUUAUAAACAAUAAUAAAACAUGGAAGAUUCAAUGAUUAAAUUUGAUAUUAAAGAGGUUAAAGCUGAUACAAUUCGUGCAAUAACAGAAUGCUCACAACGAGGAUUAUUGCAUACAACAAAAUGGCUAGCAGAAUUAAAUUAUUCACUGAGAGAUAUAAAACUUGAUAACAUAAUUGCUAAUCAAGAUAUAAAUGUUGUUGAAAAUAAUGAAAAUGAUAUGUACAUUCUUGCUAAAAGUUAUUUUGAUUUAAAAGAAUAUGAUAGAGCAGCAUAUUUUGUUAAUAAUUGUACAGAACAUAAAACAAAAUUUUUAUAUUUAUAUUCACGUUAUUUAUCUGGUGAAAAAAAAAAAAUGGAUGAUAUGACUGAUGUACCACCAGAUCCAUUAAAAAAUGAAGAUUUAAAAUUAUUAUCAAGUGAUUUACGUAAAGAACAUAUAUCUGGUAAUCUUGAUGGUUUUGGAUUAUAUUUAUUUGGUGUAACAUUAAAAAAAUUAACAUUAACACGUGAAGCAAUUGAUGUAUUAGUUGAAUCAACUCAUAAAUAUCCAAUGCAUUGGGGUACUUGGCUUGAACUUGCUGGAUUAAUUAAUGAUAGAGAAAAAUUAGAAUCAUUAAUAUUACCAAAUCAUUGGAUGAAACAUUUUUUUAUGGCACAUAUGUAUUUAGAAUUACAAUUAUUAGAUGAAGGUUUAGCACUUUAUUGUGAAUUACAAUCAAUGGGAUUUGAAAAAAAUGGUUAUGUACUUGCACAAACAGCAAUUGCUGUUCAUUAUAGAAGAGAUGCUGAAAAUGCUAUUGAAACAUUUAAAAAAAUUAUUAAAGAUGAUCCAUAUUGUUUGGAUAACAUGGAUACAUAUUCAAAUUUACUUUAUGUUAAAGAAAUGAGAGUUGAAUUGGCUUAUCUUGCUCAUCAAGCAACAGCUAUUGAUAAGUACAGACUUGAAACUUGUUGUAUCGUUGGUAAUUAUUAUAGUUUAAGAGCUGAUCAUCAAAAAGCAGUUAUGUAUUUUCAUCGAGCAUUAAAAUUAAAUCCUCAAUAUUUAUCAGCAUGGACACUUCUUGGUCAUGAAUUUAUGGAAUUAAAAAAUAUUAAUGGUGCUAUUCACAGUUAUCGUCAAGCAAUUGAGGUGAAUCGUCGUGAUUAUCGUGCUUGGUAUGGUCUAGGACAAACAUAUGAAAUAUUAAAAAUGCCAUUUUAUGGUCUUUAUUAUUAUAAACAAGCACAACGUUUAAGACCACAUGACAGUAGAAUGAUACUUGCACUUGGUGAAGCAUAUGAAAAACAAGAUAAAAUACAAGAUGCAUUAAAAUGUUUUUACAAAGCUUGUAAUGUUGGUGAUAUUGAAGGAAUGGCACUCAUUAAAUUAGCAAACCUUUAUGAAAAUUUAAAUAAAGAUGAAUAUGCAGCAGCAGCAUACACAGAAUUUACAGAUGAAAUUAAAAAUGCUGAAAGAUCUGAGCUGAGUCAUGCAUAUAAAUUUUUGACUCUUUAUCAUUUAAGAAGAGAUCAAAUUGAACAAGCAAAUCAUUAUGCUCAAAAAUGUUUACAAUUUGAAGAGACUAAAGAAGAAGCUAAAACAUUAUUAAGAACAAUUACUGAAAAAAGAAUUAAAGUUGAAGAAAUGAUUGUUAUGGAAGACAUGAAUGAAACAGAUCCAGUUGGUGAUAGAAGUACAAGAGUUGAAACAACACCUGGAAGCCAAUUGACACCAAUGAAUUUAUCAUUUACACCAACUCAAUAAAAUUGAAUUAUCAAUUAAUUAAAUGCUUUAAUGUAAU